UUUUGUGGGAAAAAGUUCGAGAAUGCAAAGAAUAUGAAAAAGUGCUAAUCAAAUGAUUUGGAUGAGAAAAAAAGGCAAACUGAAUUAUGUACUUAAACUUGAGUAAAUAUGAAGUUUUGACGUUUCCAAAUCCAGUUUUGACUGAAGUUUAAGUUCUAAAUUAUUCCGAGGAAAACAAUAGGAAUAAAGAUGAGAUUUGUUGGCGUAUUAAAGCACAAUUAGAUGAAACCGGAAUUUUUCUUUUCCUCUAUUUUCAAUCCAUUUGGUCAUGACAUUCGAUAAAAUUUGUCGCGUAUACAGAACAAAGUGCUUCAACUCAUGUGUAAUUAAAAUUUGUAUAUGCUGAGAGUGAUUAAGAAGUUUUUUGUUUGUAAAGAAAAUAAAGAAAAACAGUAUCAACACCUAUAAAAACAAUAAAUCGAGAACAAUCGGGCAAAGAUGUGGUGGCUUCAAAACAACUCGAAUUCGUCGAAUGCACAAAAAUGGCAAUUUUUGAAACCAUUUCAAAUGAUGUCAAUAAUUCAAUUAGUAGUGGUGAUGGUGUCGCUUGUAUCCGCUCAAAUGCAGUAUCCCCCUGAAAAGGAGGCUUUAGUUCAAACCGAUAAUAAUAUAUUGCUAAGUUUACCAUUUUUGAACGUGUGUUUGACGGUUCAGUCACCAGUCGAAAUCUGUUCAAUGUACUAUGACAUGGUUUAUAAUGUGUAUAGCCUUGAAUUAAAUGGCGAUGAAACGAAAAAAUUCAUUUUAGAAGCGAAUCAACAUCUUGAAAACAGCAAGUUAACCGCAAAAUUUUGCAACAUUUUUCGCAAUGAAUCAAGAAAUGUACUUGAUAAGCAACCGUUUUCGACAGCAAAUAAUAUAACCAAUGUAACGGAAUGGAUUCAAAUGGACAGCAUGUGCGAAUUAAAUUGCAUGGAAUACAAGAACAGAGUACUAAUGAUCAAAGACAUAUGCAAAUUCAUUUCGGGCGGUUUAAAGUCGAUCCUUAAGGAAAAGAAGAUAAAAGAAGAUCUCAAAAAUUUACCUCUAAGCGGACCUGGAAACGGAAAAGUAGACACAGACACAAAACCAAGCAAUGAGAAGAAACCAGAAAACAGUAAAAAUGUUGAAGGUACCAUUAAAAAUGAGAAUCAAAAAUCGAUUCAAACAUCCGUUGAAAAAUCAGUUGGAAAAGCUGCUUCAAAUGCCUUACCGAAUACAAGCACAAGCACAAAUUCAAACCACACCAGUUCGAAUCCAGCUUCGACGAAAAGUCUUCGAACGCAAUUGAAAGCAUCAGAAAUUAUAAGGCAGCUAGAAAGCUCGGUUCCAGCUGCACAAAUUCAACCAAAACCCGUAGAUGUUACACCAAAAUUAUUGAAAAACGCUACAUCAAGUGUUGACGUCAACAAAAAAACGAACAAUGACAAUGAUAAUGAUAAUGCUAAUGAACAAACAGCGGACAAACAAACUUCCGCUUCAUCUGUUGAUGCAGACAACGGAGAUGAAGUAGACGAUGAAAGUCUUAAAGAUUUACAGAACAACGAAGACAAUGCGCGCGAAGAUGAACAAGAUACAGACCAAUAUCUACCACAGAUUGUAAAUGGCGAAAACAUCAAGAACACUUAUAUUGAUAGCAAUAAUAAUAAUAAUAAUAAUAAUCUGAAACAUAGUCGAUUAGAAGCUGAUCAGAUCGAGAAGAUCAGAGAAGAUACCGAAUCCAGUUUUUUCCCAUAUUUUAUGUUUUUAAUGUUUGUUGUUGUCACACUUUAUGUUGCUUAUCAUAAUAAGUCUAAAAUUUUGGCAUUGAUGAUCGAGGGUCGAAGAAGCCGUAACUAUUCAUCGCGAAGUGGCGGCAGAAGAAAACAUAGCUCAGCUGAAUACCGCAAACUUGAUUCAAACUUAGAAGAAGCUAUACAAUCAGAUGGUCAUGUGCUGUCAACUCAAAUUAUCUACUAAAAUUUGUUCAUAUUAUGACUGUCGAACAGAAAAUAUAUAUGAAUGUUUUCUUUUCUUUUUAAAUUUCGAAUGCUACUGGAGAUGAGGCCCUAUGAUAAGUCAAUCAAAGCAAUGAAACAUUUGGAUUGACAUUACAACGCUUACCGUAAACAAAAAGAAAAUUGCUUCAUUUUCAUGUUUUUGAAUAAUAAUAAGCAACAUUUUGUGAUGCAAUAAUUUUUAAGAUAGUGAAAAUUAUAGUCGAUAAGAUGCAUAAAAUUGUUUGAACGAUCAUCAGUGAAUAAAUUAUUAUCGUAGAGAGAUACAAAUUGUUGAUUUCAUCAACACUUUUCUCCUCUAUUUUGGACAUUAAUUUACUUACUCAUUAUCUUUGCCAACAAUAAUUUUCAAUAAAAUAGAUUUCUGAAUAAA